AUGGAAGAAUUCGAAUUACAAGAAAUCCAACCGAAAAUCGUUCUCUUCAAACUUCCUUUUGCUAAUAAAAAAUGUCCAUUGAUUUUAUCUGAACAAGGUAAUGCAACAGCUUUAUAUCGCUAUUCAAAUAGUGGUCCAUUUGUUGAAUUAUUGGAUCCAUUAAGCAUUAAUCUUCUUCCAGCUUUAAAAUUUUUGAUUAUUCAAGGAGAUUUUUGUAUAUUUAAUUUUGGUAUUAUUGAAAAUCUUGAUCUGAUACCGCCAAUGUUAGAGCAACUCAAAGAACGUUGUUCACACAUUCAUAAAGAUCUCUACAAACAUAUUAUCGAUAAUACUCUUAUGAAACAAUCAUUUGAUUCUCUGUUGAAUAUUAUUCCGUUUGAUCCUCACACUGAAUUAGUUUCAGAAAUCUACGAAAAAAGUAAAACAACAUUUCGAAUAGUUUUCUUUGCUCAAACAAAUGAUUUGCCGACAAUAAAAAAUCGUUCUAAUGAUCCGAUUCUAUCAUUAUUUCACUGUAUUUGUAUUAAAUCAUAA